CUCAGAAAGACCCGUACUUUUCUCUCUCCACGCACUCUGUUCCAAGCCAUCCAAGCCCUUAUCCUAACCCUAAACCUAGCUCCAAAAAGCUUAAUCCUCGCUCGCUCGCUCGCGAUGGCGGAGGAUGACGACAAGUGACGCCGGAGCGGCAGUGGUGGAAGUGGGAAGGGAGGGACGGGGAGGUUUCGGACUGGAAUGGCCGCGGAGAACGGGGAGGAGAAGCUGCUCGCCGCCGUCCGCCACAUCGCCAAGACGCUGGGUCGGACGGAGACCAUGGCUGACGACAUCCUCCAGAUCUUCUCCACCUUCGACGGUCGCUUAUCCCGCGAGAAGCUCUCCGAGAAACAGCUCGUUGACGGAAGCCUUGCCAGCAGCGGCGUCGCCGACGGGGACGACCGCCUGUCGGUCUCGUCUAUCGACCGGACGCUCCGGUCUCUGGACCGCCAGAUCUCCCUGUUCGCGGCCUCGAAACGCCUGAUCUGGUCUGACUCCGCCGACGCAUCGGCGUUUCUCGAGGCUGUCGACCAACUUUUGGCCACGAUCCAUGACCUCGAUACGCCGGCUCCCGGGAACAAGCCACUGCUCGACCGGGCGGACCAUCUCCUCCAGCAGUGCAUGCUCCGGCUUGAAGACGAGUUCCGCUCGCUGAUCGAUCGGUCCGACGGUGGAUUGCCGUUGGAGCCGGCGGCGAGAGGGUGGUCGCCGUUCGAUUCCGAGGGGAAGGACAGCGAUGGCGAAGACGGCCCAGUCCCGAUGGCCCACCCAGUGACGGACUACGACCUCGUCAUUGACGCCCUCCCUCCGGGCACCGUCUCCGACCUCCACGAGAUCGCACGGCGGAUGGCCACCGCCGGCUUCGGCCGGGAGUGCGCCGAGGUCUACGCCCUCGCCCGCCGGGACUUCGUCGAGGAGAGCGUCGCCCGCCUCGGGUUCCGUCCCCGGACAUCCGAGGAGGUUCAGGGCGCACCAUGGGGUGUCCUUGAGGACGAGAUUGCCCGCUGGAUCAAAGCCCUCAACAUGGUCUUCCGCAUCCUCAUCCCAAGCGAGCGCCGCCUUUGUGACCGGAUCUUCGCCGGCCUUCCCCCAUUCGCGGACCUCGCCUUUGCCGCGGUCUCCCGCGCUCCAGCGAUCCAGCUCCUCUCCUUCGCCAACGUCGUUGCGAUCGGUAGCCGGGCACCGGACCGCCUCUUCCGCGUGGUAGACAUGUACGAGGCCGUCCGGGACCUCAUCCCGGACCUCGACCCUAUCUUCUCCAACCAGUACUCCACCUUCCUCCGGAAGGAGGCCGCCACCGUCUCUAAGUCCCUGGCGGCGGCGAUCCGGGGUAUCUUCGUGGAGUUGGAGAAUCUAAUCCGGCGAGAUCCGGCUUGCGCCGCUGUGCCCGGCGGCGGCCUCCACCCGAUCACCCGCUACGUGAUGAACUACCUCCGGGCGGCGUGCUCCUUCCGGCGAACAGUGGAGGAGGCCAUGGAGGACGACGCCGGGACCCCCGUCCCGCCCGAUCCGGACCGUCCGUCCUCCUCCAUGGCGGUUCAGAUCGCGUGGAUCAUGGACGUCCUCCAGGGGAAUCUCGAGGAGAAGUCCAAGAUCUAUCGCGAACCGUCGCUGAGUUGCAUCUUUCUGAUGAACAACGGGCGGUACAUCAUCCAGAAGGUGCGGGACAGCGAGCUAGGUGUGCCCCUUGGGGAGGAGUGGAUCAGACGGCAGAUGGCGAGGGUCCGGCGAUGGGGAAGCGACUACCAAAGGGCCACGUGGAGCAGGGUGAUCGCGGUACUGCGGACGGACGGCGCUUCCGGGUCCGGGUCGGUGGCGGCGAAGGCGAUGCGGGAGCGGCUUCGGAUUUUUAAUGCGUACUUCGGCGAGAUACAUCGGGCGCAGACCGGGUGGGUGGUGGCGGACGAGCAGCUGAGGGCGGAGAUAAGGAUAUCGGUGUCGGAGCUGGUGCUGCCAGCGUAUCGGAAUUUCUUGGGGCGGUACCGGAACUUGGUGGAGGCGGGGAAGCACCCUGAGAAGUACGUCAAGUAUAGCGUGGAGGAUGUGGAUGCGGGGAUUGGGGAGUUGUUCGUGGGGACGGGGAAGAGAUCAUAGCGGAAUUAGGUAAAUUACAGGGGUUAGGUUUUUUUUUUUUUUUUGGUAAAAUAGGGGUUAGGGUCUUUUAAGGAUGUAAUUUUGUGUAAAAUGGCUGUUGAUGUUUGUUGUUAGUUUGAGCUGGAGCGAUUGAUUGUAGUUGCUGUGUGUAUAUUAGGGAUGGAAUGCCUCAAGUAGGGAUAGCAAAAUCUGAUCCGAUCUAUCAAGCCGAUUCACGUUGGAUUCAUCUUAAGUAGGUUUGGCUUUGACUUAAAUGUCAGAUUAUAAAUGGAUUGAUCUGUUUAACUCAUUUAUUGAAUAGAUUGGAUUGAGAUUUAAAUUUAUCAGUCUGUUCUGUUUAAUUUAUUUAUGAUUUUUAUUUAAAAUUAUUUUGAUUGUGACCUUAUAGGUCCUUAGUAACUGUCAAUUCAGGAUGAGUGGUCUACAUUGUGUCUCAACUUCAAAGAUUUUGUAAUUUUUCAUUAAUAUUAUUUUGAUCAAAGUUUUGCUGAAUCGAAAUACAAUGAUGCAUCAUCUUCAAUUUUAUCUGAAGCGGU